AUGAACCGCCUCUUUGGAUCUUCAGCGAGCAAGAAGCCCAAACCCUCUCUGCAGGAUGCUAUCACCGCAACAGACACCCGCAUGGCCUCCAUCGAAGUCAAGAUCCGCAAGCUCGACGGCGAGCUCGCGCGCUACAAGGAGCAAAUGAGCAAGCUGCGCAACGGCCCCGGCAAGGACGCGAUCCAGCAGCGCGCCCUGCGCACCCUCAAGCAAAAACGCAUGUACGAGGCGCAGAUCGCGCAGCUCACGCAGCAGACGUUCAACAUGGAGAGCGCAGCGCUCGCUACGGAGAAUCUGAGAAAUACGAUGGCGACGGUCGAUGCGAUGCAGGUCGCGAAUAAGGAGCUGAGGAAGCAGUAUGGGAAGAUUGAUGUGGAUAAGAUCGAGAAUAUACACUACGACAUGGAAGAUCUCUUGGAGCAGGCAAAUGAGAUUCAGGAGACAUUAGGACGGUCAUACGCGGUGCCCGAUGAGAUUGAUGAGGCUGAUCUAGAAGCGGAGCUCGACGCGCUAGCACUCGAACCAGAAGAAGAGGAGGGACCGUCAUAUCUCGCCGAUCUUAACAAAGUACCAGACUUCAUUGACGAAGCGCCCGUGGAAGAGUCACCAGCGAAACAAGAAGCUAUCAAGACCACGGGGUAG